AGGAGAUGACCAGAGACUGCGGACACAGUGCAGGAGAUGACCAGAGACUGCAGACAUAGUACAGGAGAUGACCAGAGACUGCGGACACAGUACAGGAGAUGACCAGAGACUGCGGACACAGUACAGGAGAUGACCAGAGACUGCGGACACAGUACAGGAGAUGACCAGAGACUGCGGACAGUACAGGAGAUGACCAGAGACUGCGGACAUAGUACAGGAGAUGACCAGAGACUGCGGACAGUACAGGAGAUGACCAGAGACUGCGGACACAGUACAGGAGAUGACCAGAGACUGCAGACACAGUGCAGGAGAUGACCAGAGACUGCGGACACAGUACAGGAGAUGACCAGAGACUGCGGACACAGUACAGGAGAUGACCAGAGACUGCGGACACAGUACAGGAGAUGACCAGAGACUGCGGACACAGUACAGGAGAUGACCAGAGACUGCGGACACAGUACAGG